UGAGCCAAGCAUAAGUAUCUCUGACUAAGCCAACGAGAAUGGAGCAUUUGAAGGCAUUGCUCUUUUUCAGCUUAUUAUCCGUUCCUUCGAUUUUAGCGCAAAUUCUGAGCUCACCAUGUAACAAUGAAGUGUUAGUUACCUUGUUAGAGGCCUCACAAGGGACUGAAUGGGCUUUGCGGAUGAUCGACGCGACCAGCAAGUUCCCUGACGGAAUACUAGUUGGAAAUAUAGACAGUAUGGGACAUUGGGACGAAUGCCUGCAGGCGAGUAAUACAGCUAAUAUUGAAGGAAAGUACUGCAAAGUCGUCGCUUCUUAUCAAAACCCUGCAAUAUUCAGCGAUUUAGAGUACAAAAGAAUUGAGAGGUUCAGAAGCCCGAAGGCGGUCCCAGACGGAACGGCUCUAAAUUUGAACUUUGCGUUGUGCCUGCCUAGAUCAUGCAACACUGAUGACUUUGAGAUUGUAGCAGGCCAAUUAUUACCCGUGCUGGGAAAUUCCACACAGGUAUCAGCUAAGGUGAAUCCUAAAGAGUGCUUCACCUUGGACACAGUCACUCCUGAACUCGACGCCAGCACCAUUACAGUUAUCGUGGUGUUUGCACUUCUUAUCGCUUUAGUGGUUGCAUCGACAUUUUUGGAACAUUUCAAUAAGGGAGGAAUGAUCAUUAAAGCUCUGAGCUUGAAGACAACCUACAUAAAUUUGGUCAGCGUUCGCGAGGGAGCUUUUGACUGCGUGAACGGAAUGAAAGUUCUCAGUAUGCUUUGGAUUAUGAUGGGACACAGAUAUGAACUAGGCGUUCUCUCCACGCCAACUUCAAACAGAUUGCUAGCAUUAGACCUGACACAAGAACCUUUGUAUAUGAUGUUGGGGAAUGCUUUCCUCUCGGUCGACUCCUUUUUUCUGAUUGGUGGUUUUUUACUGGCAUAUGGAUUCUUCAGAGAUGUGAAAAGAGGAAACAAGUUUGACGCUUUUAAGUUCUACAUAUACCGCUACAUAAGGCUUACAGUUCCGAUGAGUGUGAUGGUAAUUUUCUACGUCACGAUUCUACGAUUUAUGGGCGCAGGACCUGCAUGGUACCCAACCAUAGGUUCUAGAUUCAUUCAGUCUUGCGAAACGCACUGGUGGGCAGCUGUUUUUUAUGUUAAUAACUAUAUAGGCCCUAUGACACAAUGCGUAGAGCAAACCUGGUACACCUCGGUGGACAUGCAGUUGGCUUGGCUGUCUCCUCUGCUCCUACUGCCCAUGCACUACGCACCAAAAGCUGGCAAACAAUUAGCUUUUCUCGUGGUUUUACUCUCGUGUGCCAUACCAGCUGUCCUUACAUACCUUAACAAUUACCCUUGGUCUGUUAACCUCAUAAAUGCCGACUACUACGACGUGCUUGCUUACACUUUCGAAGUUUACUUGGCAACGCAUUCACGAGCAUCACCAUAUAUUUGGGGAAUUAUACUUGGAUACAUUAUGGCCAAUAACCCACAAAAAAUCUACUUAAAUUGGAAAACUGUAGCUCUAGGUUGGUUGCUUAGCGCAGGAACGUCCGUAACUGUCCUUUUCUCGCUCUCCAUUACUUAUCAAUAUGACUAUGUUUACGAGCCCAUCGGUGCGACGUUUUAUGGUGGACUGCACCGACUUGCGUGGGCCAUCGGCCUCUCUUGGAUUAUUUUCGCUUGCACCAAAGGAAUAGGUGGCCCCGUUAACGCUAUUCUCUCGUGGAGGAUCUUCAGCAUUCUCAGUCCGCUGAUUUACGGCGUUUACUUGGUCCACUUUAUGAUCAUUGGCGUACAAGUUGGAGCCAAGAAGCAGCCCGAUUAUGCUAGCCAUUACGAUGUGAUUCACAACUUUCUUGGGGACAUUCCAUUUUCCUUUACCGGUGGCUGUGCAAUUUAUUUCUUGGUCGAGGCCCCUUUGAUGGUGUUUUUGAAGGCCGUUUUCAAGAAGCAACGCCCAGCUGGAAGAGGGUAAAGUUUGAGAUGCAGUGCGCCAUCCAUUUGUGAUUAGAUAUUAAUGCAAAGCUGAGCAGAACAGAGAGAGCUAAUAACAAAAUUCAACCAUACGGAAAUAAAGCAAUUACUUCCACUUUCUUAAGCUGCGCGCUCUUGAUUGAACGACGACUCACUGCACAUAAUACAUACUAGAGUAAUGCUGUUUACCCAACGCGUCUCCGUUUGCUGCCGCCGAGACUUAUUACGAGAAUUACAUCCGAUAUGAGACCCUUGUGUGCUCCGGGGAGAAUCCGCGAGCUGAUUCACCUCUCGACGUAGGAAAGACAGGCGCGGUGCUUGUCGGAUUUGACGUUUUGGUGCAGGCGCCUGCUUCCCGAUUUUAAUUCCAUGCCUACUUAGUUAGACUAAUGAAUUGCAGAGGGUUGUCUGAAACUCAAUCAGCUGGUAAGGCAGUGCGUGUAAUUCAGCUGCACGGUGGAGGCUUAGUUGGUUAAGCCGUGCUGAAACACGGCGCCAAUUUAAGCGCGCACAUCCAGGUGUUGUCACACGUUCGCAUCUGCAAUUAGAUUAUGUUCGUUAGAAGAAAUGCCUGCGUGCUGCUCAUAAAUUCAAUUUGUGCCAUUUGUAAAGGCUCUGCGUCAAACCAACUUGAUUCAGCGAGGAUUUCAAUUCAUUUUCCAUCCUUUUUUCUGAAAUAUUGAAAAUAUGUUUAUAUUAAAUCUGAAUUGAAUUCAAUAGCCAACAAUAUCACACAUAUCACUUAUGGAAAAUAAAAUAACAUCACCGAUUUAUUAAUUAA